AUGCAUCCCGAAAUUGAGGUGGAUGAAGAAAGUAUAACAAACUGUGUAUUUAUGGUCAUAUCUUUUUUGAUAUAUCCAUUUUUUGUAGCCGUGUUCCGCAAAAAUCAUGCGAAAGACAAGGGCAAAGCUAUAUUUCCAGUUUUCAAUCAUUUCUAUAAAAGUAUCAAAAAAAUUCAAAUCGUUAAUGCGAUAUAUAUACUGUAUUUUUUCUUCACUUUAUUUAUGGCUUUUUUUGGAGCCACAUUCUUUGUUUUUCUAAUUCCUGUAUUAUUAAUCGUGUUUCCAUUGGUCACCGGUCUAAUGCACGACGUUAACGAAUUUCUAUUGGGACUAUUAUCAAUUCAGAGGUUCUGUCUUUAUUUUAUGCCAAACUAUGAAAAAUAUUUAAAUAUUAGUGUUGAAGCUUUGAAUGUCGUUGUAAGAAAUCUGUAUAUUUGCUUCAUAAUUAAAAGUGUAAUGCUUAUUAUUCUUCCUUACAUAUAUACAGCAAACAUCUUAACAUAUACCACACUUAUCCUCCUUUUCCAAAAUUUGUUUGUUUUCUUGUGUGCAUUGCUAUACAUUCCUAUCUUAAUCAGUAUACGAAAAGCAAGACAUUUAAGCUCUUUUAAACUGCAUCGACCACAAAAUUAUAUUAUGUAUCAGCUUCUAUUGGCAUUGUUUGCGAAAUGUAUUUAUGCAAUACAUAUAUUUCAAAGUCCACUACAUGAAUUGAACGAAGUUAUUCUCAAGUAUCAAUACCUUGAUAUCUGCCACGUAAGUUUCUUCCCUCAGAUUUCCUAUUUACUAUGCAAUAAGAAGAAUUGGGAUUCACUCGUUGAGAUUUUCAAAUCACGAAAUCUACUGAAAAUAUGGUGUUGUCCUUGUGUGAAGUUAUCAAGAAUUCAGCCAACAGUACCUCAAGCAAUGCAGAUCUAUUCGACGCAUGCAGAAUGA